CCAUUGAAACCAAAACUAUUUGUCUUUCCAAACAGUCUCCCAAAUGUACACCCAACUUCUUCAAACUCACCCAAUCUUCACUUUCAAACCCUGUUCAAUCUCUUCCAGCCAUCCCCUUAUCUUCAUCAACACCAGUCACCAAUUUCCCAUAAACCAAAGACCCCCAAAUUCAUCCUUUCAUUACAAUCACAAAACCCUGUUCAAAACUCUCAUAAACUGUACUCAAAAUGCCGAUUCUAAUACACCAAAAUGGGAAAACUUGUUGCCAAAGAAUGUAAUCUCUGCUGAGAAAAUAUUGAGGUCAAUUGCUGGGGCAACUUCUAGUCCUAUUUGUCAGUUCAUCUCUUCACCUACUACUUUCUUGCACUCUGUUGACCCCAGGAUUAAAUUGGUAUGGCUUCUUGUUCUGGUGGUUUUACCAGCACGGUCUCAUAUCUACAUGCGGUUUGGAUUAAUUGCGUUUCUGGCAAUUUUAUCAGUUUGGAUACAGCCUAGACAAGUUUGGAUGGAUCAAUUGGGAAGAGUUUCCCUUUUAUCUGGGAUUUUGUUCAUAAUGUUGGGGCUUGGUGCAGAUAGUGCUCCCAUGAUUGUCCAGUCAAGGACUCCACCGCCUUCAAUGAUGGGAUUGCCCAGUAUCCCACCUUCUUUUGAUGGGUAUUCAUAUUUAUUGUUCAAAUUAGGACCAUUGCAGAUGACAAGAAAAGGAUUGGCUGUGGCUAGCACAUCUGCUUGUUUAACCUUCUCCAUUUUUCAAAGUGCAAGUCUUUGUUUGACCACUACUACACCAGAACAGCUUGCGUAUGCUCUACAAUGGUUUAUGAAGCCUUUAGCAUAUGUUGGUGUCCCUGUUGCCGAAGUUAUUCUUACCCUUCUGUUAUCAUUGAGAUUUAUCAACCUAGUCUUCGAUGAGGUUCGGAUUGUGGCAUUAGGGAUAGUGUCUCGGAGGAUAGAUUGGCAGCAGUUGGCUACUAUGGAGACAAUUGAAGUUUUCUUUACUUACAUCCGGCGGAUCUUCAAAAAUAUAUUUAAUCAUGCGGAGCAGAUUACCCAGGCGAUGACUGUGAGAGGGUUCAGGGGUGACAGUACCUCCCACAAAAUUUACUUCUCAUCGGCUUCUUCGGCGCCAAUUGCAAACAUUCUAUCUGUUAUGACACUACUAGGACUUAUAGGUGCCGCUGCUUUGUCUGAGUAUGUACUUGUCUGAGUCUAUAUUACCUGGGUGCAUGAAAGUUACAAAAUGAUACAUCAACGCCAGCAGAUUGAAUGUCCUUUUCCGUCCAUCCAAAAAGCAAGAGCCUCGUGUAAAUAUGGAGGACUAAUGUUACAGCUGAGCAGGUAUAUGUAAAUACUCACCGCAUGAUUUAUGAAUAGUUUUUUGUCCCUUGAGACAUCCACAUAAUGUGGUUAUUAUCCAUGAGAAGAAGCCAACACAUGUAGUGUAAAAGGUUUGACAAUUGCCAAAGGAUUUUGGAGCUCAAACAUAGAUCCCAGGAGCACAGAUUGCCAGUUUAGCGAUUCUUCACAUAGUUUCUUACAUUUUAAAAAAAUCAUUUUUUAUUGAUUGUAAAAUCAGAAGUUUAGCUUUGAUUGAACUAGAUAUUGCCUUCUUAGUGUUAGUUUUAGUUGCUUAAUUGAAAUGGCAGUUUCCGAGCAGUAUCCUGGUUCUUAAAA